GGAAGCAUUGCGUCUUGCACAAGAAUCCGUAUUCCGUGGAUUGCGCUUGCGUAUCCAGACGUGGCAGCCGUAUCAUGGCUACUUUGAUCCACUGCGGGAGUAAGAUGCGGGGACACAAAAUGUAUCUGUUCGUGUUGCUGGUGUGGGCUGUGUCCGUUCUGCAGGCAGUGAAAGUCUCCCCCCUCAUAGAGAGAGUCAGCGAACACAAGGACUUCAAAAAGCUUCUCAGGACCAGAACCAAUGUCCUCAUCCUUUACACCAAGUCAGGCUCAUCGGGGGACGGGCAGCUGAAGCUCCUGUCGGAGGUGGCGCAGGCCGUGAAGGGGCAGGGCACCAUCGCCUGGGUCAACUGCGGGGAUUCGGAAGGACGAAAAUUAUGCAAGAAAAUGAAAGUGGACCCGGGUUCGAAAAAAGGCGGGCUGGAGAUCCUGCAUUAUAAGGACGGAACCUUCCACACCGAAUACGACAGACCGUCAACAUUUAAGUCCAUGGUCGCCUUUCUGAAGGACCCGACCGGAGCGCCGCUGUGGGAGGAGAACCCGGGGGCCAAAGACGUCGCGCACAUCGAAAGCGAGAAGGACUUCAGGAAGCUGCUGAAGAGAGAGGAACGCCCUAUCCUCAUGAUGUUUUACGCCCCGUGGUGUGGCGUGUGUAAGAGAAUGCAGCCCGUUUUCCAGCAAGCGGCCACAGACUCCAAGGGUGAAUACGUUCUGGCGGGGAUGAACGUGCACCCGGCCGAAUUUGACGGGCUCAAGCAGGAGUACAACGUCAAGGGCUACCCAACCUUCUGCUACUUUGAGAAGGGGAAGUUCCUGCACCAUUACGAGAAUUACGGAGCCACGGCCCAGGACAUCAUCGACUGGAUGAAGAACCCUCAACCCCCCCAGCAGAAAGCCCCGGAGGUGCCGUGGUCCGAGACGGACUCCGCCGUCUUCCACCUGACGGACGACAGCUUCGACCGUUUCCUGGAGGAGCACCCGUCCGCCCUGGUCAUGUUCUACGCUCCCUGGUGCGGUCACUGUAAGAAGAUGAAGCCGGAGUACGACGAGGCCGCAGAGAUCCUCAACAGGGACAAAGACAGCCCAGGGGUGCUGGCCGCCAUGGACACCACCAUCCACAAGUCCGUGGGGGAGCGCUACAGGAUAUCGGGCUUCCCCACGGUGAAGUACUUUGAGAAGGGCGAGGACAAGUACACACUGCCCCACCUGCGCAGCAAGGACAAGAUCAUCGAGUGGCUGCACAACCCACAGGCCCCUCCUCCCCCAGAGCAGUCAUGGGAAGACACGCCCUCCAGCGUCAGCCACCUGGGAGCGGAGGACUUCAGAGAGGCACUAAAGAAGAAGAAGCACGCACUCGUCAUGUUCUACGCCCCCUGGUGCCCCCACUGCAAGAGCGCUGUCCCGCACUUCACUACAGCAGCAGAGCUCUUCAAAGAGGAUCGCAAGAUCGCGUACGCCGCCGUGGACUGCACCAGAGGCCAGAACCACGACCUGUGCAAGCAGGAGGGGGUGGAGGGCUACCCCACCUUCAACUACUACAACUACGGCAAGUUUGCAGAGAAGUACAACGGAGAGAGAGGGGAGGCGGGGUUUAUCGGCUUCAUGCGCAGCCUGAGGGGGCGGGACCAGGAGAAGGCCGGCAAGCGGAAGGAGGAGCUUUAACGCAGCGAGGAAGGGGGCGGAGCCUGCGAUGCGGAGGGGGCGGGGCCUGCCGAUGCACUGUGACCCGGGCGGGCCCCCCCCUCCCCUCGGGACUGGAGCCAGAGAGACUUCCCAAACCUCAGCUACAGACGAUCUUUUUUAUACUCAUUACAGCCUGCCCCGUUUCUAAAGAGCGUUUCUUAUACCGUCUGACCACUCGAGACUUUCCCCAACCCACCCCCCCCCCCCGACCCCCCCCAGACCCCCCAGACCCCCCAGAAAAUACUGUGACUGCAGUCGACAGCUACAUGUUUUUAUCUAUGCAAUACCACCCCGUCCCUCCCUGUGAGGGGACAGUCGACGGCUUUCAUUUCAGUGGCGGCAGUUUGGGGAUGAAGGUGGUCUUUGUUAGAGGUUUUUUUGGGUGAUUUUUUUUUUUUUUUGCAUGCGUCGCCUAAAGUCGUUUCCGCUGUGUCAGAGAUUGGGGAGGGGGGGGGGGUGGUAAGUGUCUGUCAUACCCUUCCGUUUCUGUGAAGAGGAAUACAGAAUAUAUAUAAUUGUACGUUCAAAAAACUGAGAUAUUUUUGUAAUUUAAAAAAGAAGAAACACAAUUUAGGUUUUGAUCGCAAUGAAAAAAAUAAAACAAUAAAAGAUCAAAGCUUGACUGUAGCUCAUGACCCUAAACUGUGGCCUUAAAUGCGUGCUGGUGCUGCUUGUCCAAGCGUGUCACGUACCACGUGACCUCGUCAGGACUCCUCGGUCCGACAGACGAGCAGCAGCGAGAAACUCUAUCGACAGAGUCCAACAGGAACAACGUGCGCUCCGUUAGGGCUCAGAGAUCUCUGCGUUAGGAGAUAAGUUUACACUCGAGAUUCCGCUGUGAGGCGCUUCUGAAACUGAACCCCGCUGUAUUUCAGUCUUAUUGUGAAAAAUGAAACGUAAUGAAAAAAAACGUCAUGCCAAAAAAAGCAAGUAAACGAAAUGUUUGAAAACUGAACGGUGUCCUGAGACUUUCAAGGGUAAGGGUAAUGAAGCGGGGGCCCUUCAUGCUUGUGUACGUUCCCCCCCCCCUCGCGCUUGUGAUUCCUGAGGACGCUUGGCGGGCCUUUCGCCAACUUUUUUUUUACCUAGAGCCAAAGCAGAGCCGCCAAUCAGCGGGGGUGGUUGCUAUGGCAGCGUGGCGUGGCGGCGGUCAUCCCGCUGGCCUUCGCGGUGGACGUGCUUCACCCCCCCCCCCCCCCUUUGUGUAGAGUACCGCGCGCGGGAGCGGAGACAGGAAGCUGGUGAGAGAGCGCUUCUCCUCCCGGCCAAACAGGAAGUGCACUGAGAAUCCCGCCGGUGCCCCGUUAGCCGCCUCAGCUGCCCGUGAACAGUGGGCGCCCCUGUGUGGGGCGGGCAGGGGGCCCAAAACCCACACAGGCCCCUCUCUGAUCAGGGGAGGCUCCGGCUCCAGCUCAUCAGCACAAAGACAGGAACACACAGGCCCUCCCCUGUGCCGCGGGAAAUUUAGGAGAACGGCACGCUGAACGCUGUCAGUCCGUCGCCCGACCCACCACAGGGGGCAGUAGUGCUCUCUUAGUGUAGCAAACGCACGCUCUGUCCGACCAGGCAGCGCAGAGACCAAGUACACGAGCAGCCCUCUGACCCUUGACCUUCUGUGCCAGUUCCAGGGCACUGAUAUCCCAAGAGCACACCCUGACUGAACUUUUAAAGAGAGGGAGAGAUGAAGAGAGAAUUGUUUAACUUUAAAACCACCUUUGUUAUUAUUAAACCACAGGUUCACAGCAUGUGCAAGUGACGAUCAAAAUACAAUUACAGUAUCAUCGAGGGAUUGAGAGAUGGAGAGAGAGAGAGAGAGAAAGAGAGAGAAAGAGACUAGAAGUAUAAGGAAGACCUGAGACUGUGAAACAGAAGUUGGGAGUUUGGUCGUCGGAGCUGCAGGUGGACACUGAUGCUGUACGCACGUUCCUGCAGGCUUUACCCGGUGAUGACUAUUUAACAGCCAAUCAGCAGCUGCACUCGUCUUUUGUCCUUCAGGAGUUUGGUUUUGUUUGUUACGAAUAAGGAUCUCAGGGACUGUGACAUUUUAGGAAAGGGAACCCAGUGAGCUGCCGUUUUGCAUUCCAUUUGGGUGUUUUGGACUGAAGUUACUGAAUUAAGAAUUGUUUACAUUUGUCUGUGAAAUGAAAAAAUGUUUGGGUAAAGAUAGUCUCGUUUACGAUUUCCUGUGCCAAGUCAAGCCAGGAUAUAUUGCGAGAGAAAAGAAAAAAAAGCAAAAGUGUUGUAUAGCUUGACGAAAGCUAACAUUGUGAACAAAUGUCUUGAUUUAUUGAUUUGUUUGUUUGGGGAACGUCAGUCGGCCAGCUCCAGACGGAUCGGGAAAAUGCAGCCGAACUACCAGCGCUGACGCGACGCUCUCGCGGUUGUUGCCGGGGCGACGCGAUGACCCCGCCCCAGUGUUACAGAACGCCGUGCGUCGGCCGACCCGCCCCAUCACUGCUUCAGGAGAGCGGUUCAUUCUGUCCAGUGUGUAACCGCUCCGUGUGUCCACUAGGGGGUGAAUGUCUCGUUGAAAGAGCGCGCACAAUCUUAUCCCAAAGGUUUCCAUUUUCUCUAUGGGACUUUUCAAACGUAAUGCCAAGAAGUCCGCCCUGCCUUUUUGUUAAUUUCUCAGUUUAGCCAUAUGUACAGUUUUUUUUUGUCCCCCCCUCCCUUUGAUUUAUAAAGACCUCAAUAAAAACAAACAAUCCAUACA